UCCAUUCUCUGCUGAUGCAGAGAUGGUGAGGUCGGGAGGGGAGGGGGCCAUGGCCAGGCAAGAGUGCUUGUUAGUGCCACACCCGGUAGGCAGGAUGGAUGGGACCUCUUCAGGGAGGGAAGCCAACUCUCCCAGUGGGCCUUCCCAAGACCCGACGUGCUCUUCCUAGCGCCAGGUUCUCAACAGCUAUGGACAAUUUCACCUCGUGGCUGAGCCAAUCCUCCUGGGAGCGGCGGCACGCAUGGGCCAAGCAGAGGUGCAGGUGGCACAACGUGGCUUCGGAAGAGGAGGGACCCCAUGCUUCAUCGGAACUGCAGCCCCCAUACUUGGAGAAUGCUUUCUUACAAGGGAGCUCAUCCAGGAAGAUUGAGAGCUGGCUGGAGGAAUGCAGCUCUUCAGCAGAGCCCAUCCCAGAAGGCAUCAUGGCCCCUGCUGCCUAUGGAUCCUGCAGCAACCGAACCAGCUUUGAAGAUGAUCUUAGCCUGGGAGCAGAAGCGAUGUUACUACUGGACAAAGACAGAGCCCAGCCCAGGUCCCAAAAAGGAACCCUCUGGCCUUCUCAGCAUCUCAAUAUGGACCACAGCAUGGCUUCCAGUGCCAUCUCAGGCAGCACCAACAAGACCAGCUCAAGCAUCUCAGAGGUUCUGGACCUCUGUGAAGUUGACGCUGAGACCAUCCUUUGCAACCUGGGCUUCAUGCAAGAAGAGAAGCAGGCUGCAUCUUGGAUCCCAGCUCGAUUCUUCUCCACACCAUCCCAGGCUCAGGGCAUCAAUUUCCAGCUCUUCCUGAGAUCCCAGGUGCAACGGAUCGAAAUGGAGGACCCUUGCCUGAUGUUGGCAACUCGGUUCAAGCAAGUGCAGACUCUGGCUGUAACAGCAGAUGCUUUCUUCUGUCUCUAUUCUUAUGUAUCUAAGACACCUGUGCAAAAGAUCUCUCCUUCCCACUUCUUCUGGGCCUCACCAGAAAUGCCUGAGUCCUGGAAUGUUUCCUCCCAGCCCCAGGCUGUCACUCCUCUCCAGCGGCUGCAAAGAGCUGUUUCCAGGAUGUGCUUGUACACCUCACCCCGAGAAGGAGGGAGCCCAUGGGCCUCCAAUGUGCCAUCUCCCAUGAGCCGCCUGGAACGGAUCGUAUGGGAAGUGAUGAAAAAAGCUCAGAAAGACAGAUUCCAUUUCAUUAUGGAGGACAUGGAGGAAGAGGAAGAGGGGGAGGAGGAGGAGGAAGAGGAGGCUCACAUGGGGUCGACUGAAGGCCCCUUCUGCCACAGCAGAAUGGGAAGUGCCUCUUCAAAGUCUACUGUAGUGGAAGUGACCCCUAUGACUUCUCCCUGCUUCUGUUGUGAGGCUCCAUCUCAUUGCUGGGAAAAUACACAUAUUAUCCUGCCGGGACUGGAGCCCUGGCUUCCUCAUUGCACAGGUGGGGCAAGACUGGACAGGCUUGACAAUGUUAGCUAUGAAGAACUAUACCAUUAUGGAGGUUGUUCCUCACCAGUGGCCUCAUCUCCAGAUGAAAGCAAAAUUAGCUAAAAUGUAUAGGGGUUCCUUGGGAGAGUGUUGGAAAUGUGAAGAACAAGAAGGAAUUUUCUACCAUAUGUGCUGCUCCUGUAAAAAAGCAAAAUCUUUCUGGACCCAGAUCCAUUUGUUAAUGCAAUAUAUAUAUAUAUAUAUUAAAGACAAAUUUACAAAUGAAACCAGAAUCAUUCUUGUUGGGACUUAUGGAUGAUCAACUUAAAGAAAAAAGGAGGAACACUCUUUUUGUACAUGACAACAGCUGCAAGACUCGUCUUUGCGCAAUACUGGAAAAACACACAAGUACCAUCAACGGAGGAAUGGCUGCUGACGGUUUUGGAGUUGGCAGAGAUGGCUAAACUUAAGGCACUAGUAAUAGAAAAAUCAACAACCUCGUUUGUAUUGGACUGGAAACAUCUUAUAGAAUAUUUGCAAGAGCUGGAAAAAAAGAUUUAUAUGUCUGUGAAUUUCACAUAUAAUCUGUGCUCUUAAUAUACAAUAAUGUGCUGGCUAAAGUAAAGUAAAAUGAUAUAAAGUUACGGUAUUUAGGGAACUAACUAAUAAGGAUAGAUAGCCCAUAUGUCUGCCAUGAAGAAUGCCUUAAAUGGAAUAUGGCCUUAUAUGUUUUGUAUGUGUGCUUUUACAAGUUGUAUUGUAUUGUAUUGUUUGUUAAGUUUGUGAAGUUUUGUUUUGUUUUGUUCUGUAGAAAAUAAUAAAAAUUGUGAUAUG